AUGCCACCAUGGAUCACAAACUUAACUUCCUUGGAGGCUCUUGAGUUCUCCCUUUGUGGCUUGCAUGGACCAGUACCUUCUUCCAUAUGUGAGUUGUCAAAACUGAGAAUAUUGUCAGUUUAUAGUUGUAACUUUUCAGGGAAAAUACCUCCAUGUAUUUUUAACUUAACUCAACUAGACACCCUAUUACUUCAUUCGAAUAAUUUUAGUGGCGAAGUGGAACUUAACUCGUUGUGGAAAUUACCAAACCUAUCUAACUUAAAGCUCUCAAAUAACAAACUAAAUGUAAUAGAUGGAGAAGAUAUUACUUCUUCCAUGUCUUUCCCAAACAUAAAGUUCUUGGAGCUAGCAUCUUGCAACAUAAGUAAAUUCCCCAAUGUAUUGAAGCAUUUACCUGGGAUUUAUGUGAUUGACCUUUCAAACAACCAAAUUCAAGGGCUCGUGCCACAGUGGGCUUGGGAGACAUGGAGCAAUUCACACCUUUUCUACCUAAACUUAUCCCACAAUAUAUUUACUAGUGUUGGCUAUGACAGCUUUCUCCCUUUGGGCCCAGUAGACCUGUUGGAUCUCAGCUUCAACAUGUUCAAGGGGCCUAUACCCAUACCAAGAUCCUCUGGCAGUGUGCUAGAUUUCUCAUGCAACCAUUUUUCAUCCAUGCCACAUAAUAUUUCUACUCAGCUUGAAAAAACUACAAUUUUCAAGGCAUCAGGAAACCAACUCUCUCGGGAUAUUUUACCGUAUUUUUGUGGUACAAAGAUACAAUUUCUUGAUCUAUCUAACAAUAUCCUCCAUGGCACAAUACCCUCAUGUCUAAUGAAGGAUGGAAAUGCAUUGAAGGUUCUAAAUCUGAAACAAAAUCAACUUCAAGGAGAGAUGCCUCAUGAUGUCAACAACAAUUGCAUGCUUGAGGUGCUAGACUUCAGUGGAAAUUGGAUCCAAGGGCAAUUGCCUAGAUCUCUAUCUUCUUGCAAGAAGUUGGAGGUUCUGGAUGUGGGAAAUAAUCGGAUCAACGAUUCUUUUCCAUGUUGGAUGAGUGGACUUCCUGGUCUUCAAGUACUUGUCCUGAAUUCUAACGAAUUCUUUGGACAAGUGGCACCAUCUGUUGCUAAUAAUAAAAACAAUUGUCAAUUUCCAAGACUGCGAAUUCUGGAUCUCGCCUCCAACAACUUCUCUGGUACAUUGACAGACGGCUGGCUUAUGAAUCUAAAGUCCAUGAUGGUCGAUACCUCUAACGGGAUAUCAGCGAUGAAAUACACAUUUGAACUACAAAGGCUCCAACAAGAAUAUCAAGUCGCCACUAUACUCACUUACAAAGGGUAUUCCAUCACACUUCCAAAGAUCGCAAGGACCCUUGUACACAUUGAUGUGUCAAACAAUGCAUUCCAUGGUAGCAUCCCCCAAGCUAUCGGGGAUCUUGUUUUGCUCAACAUUCUCAACAUGUCACACAACUCCUUGACUGAAGGAAUUCCGUCCCAGCUUGGUCGUUUGAAGAAACUAGAGUCUUUGGAUUUAUCCUCGAACGAGCUUACGGGAGUAAUUCCACAAGAGUUAGCAUCUUUGGACUUCCUUGGGACACUAAACUUCUCCAACAAUAUGCUGGAGGGAAGAAUACCAGGAUCACCUCAUUUUCAGUCAUUUUCCAACAGCUCAUUUCUCAGGAACGAUGGGUUGUGCGGACCUCCAUUAUCCAAAGAAUGCAGCAAUGAUACAAGGCCAUAUACCACGGUUCAUCCGUCGAAGGAAAACCCUACAGACAUGGUGUUAUUUCUCUUUUCUGGAUUGGGAUUCGGUGUUGGGUUUGCAGUUGUAAUCAUAGGGACAUGGGUUCUCCCUAUUAGAAAGAAAAGUUGA